GCCUCCUCUCGUCUCGACAACGGCGGCGGCGGCGGCGGCGGCGCGCGCGCGCGUUGCUCGGUGAAAUGCCCGCGCGAGCCCGGAGCUCUUGGAUACGACGCCACGCUCGCUCCCCAUGCUUGCCGCGCGAGGCCUCCGUCGUCUUACGGCGGCGAUAUCCCUCGCGCGUCGCUCUGCCUCGGCAGUGGCGGCGCUCCCGGCGGCCGGCGCCGCGCGGUUCCCCGACUACGACGCCGCCGUCACGGAGUGCAUCGAGAGGCGGGCGCUCCGGGUGGGGCGGCAGGUGCACGCGCGCAUGGUGGCGGCGGGGUACCGCCCGGCGCUGUACCUGGCGACGCGGCUGGUGAUCAUGUACGCGAGGUGCGGCGCGCUGGGGGACGCGCGCAACGUGCUCGACGGGAUGCCCGAGCGAAACGUGGUUUCGUGGACGGCCAUGAUCUCGGGGUAUUCUCAGAAUGAACGGCCUGCAGAGGCCUUGGAGCUGUUCAUCACAAUGCUCAGAGCUGGAUGCGAGCCUAAUGAAUUCACUUUAGCAUCAGUCCUUGCAUCAUGUACUGGUUCUCAAGGCAUACAUCAGGUCAAGCAAAUCCAUGCUUUUGCCGUCAAAACAAAUUUUGAGUUACACAUGUUUGUAGGGAGUGCCCUUCUUGACAUGUAUGCCAAGUCAGAGAAUGUCCAAGAAGCUCAGAGGGUGUUUGAUAUGCUUCCAGCAAGGGAUGUUGUUUCCUAUACCGCCAUUAUAUGUGGCUACACCCAUCUGGGCCUUGAUGAGGAAGCCUUGGGCUUGUUCAGGCAGUUGUACAAUGAGGGGAUGCAAUGCAAUCAAGUUACCUUCACAACCCUUCUCAAUGCACUGUCUGGCCUUGCUUCCCUCGAUUAUGGCAAGCAGAUUCAUGGGCUAAUACUUCGUAAAGAGUUACCAUUUUUCAUGGCUUUGCAGAAUUCUUUGAUUGAUAUGUACUCCAAAUGUGGCAAGCUUUUAUACUCACGAAGGGUAUUUGACAACAUGCCAGAGAGAUCAGUCGUCAGCUGGAAUGCGAUACUUAUGGGAUAUGGAAGGCAUGGCUUAGCGCAUGAAGUUGCUCGGCUUUUUAGAUCUAUGCCUGAAGAAGUAAAUCCUGACAGUGUUACUCUGUUGGCUGUUUUGUCUGGCUAUAGUCAUGGUGGGCUUGUUGAUGAGGGCCUUGAUAUGUUUGAUCUUAUAGUCAAAGAACAGAGCACACUCCUCAAUAUUGAACAUUAUGGGUGUGUUAUUGAUCUUCUUGGACGUUCUGGACGACUUCAAAAGGCACUAAAUUUGAUACAAAAGAUGCCAUUUGAACCAACUCGAGCAAUUUGGGGUUCAUUGCUUGGUGCGUGUAGAGUUCAUGUUAAUAUUCCUGUUGGUGAGCUUGUCGCUCGGAAGCUUCUUGACAUUGAACCGGAAAAUGCUGGCAACUACGUGAUCCUUUCUAAUAUUUAUGCUGCUGCUGGGAUGUGGAAAGAUGUUUUCAGGGUGAGGAAGUUAAUGUCGAAGAAUACUGUGAUAAAGGAACCAGGGCGGAGCUGGAUGAUUCUUGACAAGGUUAUUCAUACCUUCCACUCUAGUGAGCGUUUCCACCCCAGGAAAGAAGAUAUAAAUGCUAAGGUUAAGGAGAUAUACAUUGAUAUUAAAGCAGCUGGUUUUGUUCCUGACCUGAGCUGUGUACUUCAUGAUGUUGAUGAUGAGCAGAAAGAACGCAUGCUUCUGGGCCACAGUGAGAAGCUAGCCAUAACGUUUGGAUUGAUGAGUACUCCUUCAGGCUUGCCCAUCCAGGUUAUGAAGAAUCUUCGCAUCUGUGUUGACUGCCACAAUUUUGCAAAGGUUGUUUCGAAAGUUUAUGGAAGAGAUAUAUCCCUCAGAGACAGAAAUCGCUUUCAUCUAAUUACAGAAGGAGCUUGCACUUGUGGAGAUUACUGGUGAAAGUGCUAUACUGUCAAAUUGUUUUGCUGAUAGGAGAGCUAUCCAUGUGAUAAUACUGCAGAUGAUAUGCAAUGGUCCACUGAACACACUGAGAGGAACUAAUGGAACAUAUCAAUAUCAUGUGCUCCACCUUCUGAUUUCAGAUUACUGUAGUUCAGAAAGGAUUUUUUGCAAAGAAUGUAAUUCUACUUGGCUCUCUUGUCUGUUUAAUCUACAUUUAUGAUCUCAACUCCACGGGCUAUAUUGCAAAUGCCAGAUAAUACACAUGCAGCAUAUGAUGUAAGUUGUUAAGGCACCUUGGCACUUUCUCUCAGGCACCACUGCUCAGAGUCGAGGAAUGGAUGAGCCAAAAGCUUGAGGCCGAGGGGGGUGGCUUGCCAAUGUCAAAGACAACAUUGGCAAAUUGUGGGUGGAAGGGCAUCUGAUAUAUGCGCCAUGAUUGAACUGAGCUGAGAGAAAAAGGAGAAACCAAGAAAGCUAGGGUUACAUGGAGUCAAAAACAUUCCAUUGGAUCAAGCUUGCAUGUGCUCCUUCCUCCUUGUAUCCUUGUGAAAUGAGGCUCUUCAGUGGACUAGUGGAGAACUGCAACUGUCACAGUAAAGCAGAAUUUCAAUUAGAGAACUGCAGCAGUCACAGUAAAGUGUCAAUUCGACUAUAGAAAAGUGCAGUUGUUUGCAGUAAAGUAGCAAUGCAGUCAUUUCAACUGGUAAGAUUUCGCUCUGCAUUUCUGAGGAGGUAAUUUUAGACUAUCUUCAGAUUCAGAGCACUACAAUUUCUAGAGUGAUCUCUACCUGUUUCAAGAGUAUCUUCAGACACAAUUCACCAUGCUUAUUCCCUACCAAAUCCUUAUCACCAUGUUCACUGCUGCAAUAUAAUGGCAAAUGACGCUCUGUCAACUCAGAUCACAUAGAACCUAUUAACUUACUACAGCUGAAGCUGUUAUGCAUUCAGCUAGCUAAUCAGAUAUCUUGGUCCCUGUAGUCUGUCCUUUCAUAAAGCUGCAGUAACAACAGAUCCUGAUAAACUUGGAUUGUUGGCAAUAGCUAUACGAGGAAGGCUUUCGUCGUCCUUUUUUGCAUAUAAUGGGUCCCUGUUAUCUGUAUUUA